UAACCAGAUCAGCCGGGCAGGAACACAUCACCUUCCAGUCCAGAGAAACAGGCUGUUUAACUAGUCAUCGCGCACAAAGUGGACUUUAAACUCACCCUGGGUUUCAGACCUCAGUCAGAGGUGUGCGGGCCAGCGGAGGUCUGUGACACCAGCGGAGAUGUUUGAACUGUUGACCUUCACCACUCGACUGCUCCACGGGACACGGUGACCUUGACGUGGUGACCAUGGACAUUCGUGUGCACGGCAAUCCACGCCUUCACUAUGGGCAUAAUGGCUACCACCAGGCUCCUCACUCAAAAGAAGACGGCCUGCAGUUUCUCAGUCUGGAGGAGAAGGAGUGCAUUCUUUUCUUUGAGGAGACUAUCGACUCUCUGGAUGAUGGUCUCGAGGAAGAUGGUACAGGGUUAACACCAGACAGAAGCACAAAUAUGGAUCAUCUUCAAACGGCACCCCAUUCAACUGUAAGACCCGCCCCCAUUAAACCUACUGCCCCAAGCCUGAUAGAGCAUGACAUCAUCGACCUGGUCCACUCCACACCGGACUUCCCCAUGCCAGAUUUUCAGAGCUUGGCUGUAACACCUGUGGCUCAUUUUGAGAUCAUGUCGAAGAGGAACCCUACGGAAAGCAUCUCAGUCACGUCAACAGGCUCUGAUGCGUUUGAGGAAAGCAGCCACCAGCCUCCUCCAGGCUCCAUCCCCACGCCUGUCAUCAUUGCCAGCAAGAUCGCAGAGCAUCAGGGCACAGGUGGCACCUCUUCAUUGCCCUCAGUGCUGGUUCAGCGCGGACGAAACCUGGAGUCUCCCAACAGUCCACCCUCCAGACGCGGACCACCCACCCAUGCCAAGCCUCACCGACUCCCCGACAACAUCAACAUGAUGCUGGGCAGCCGAGAACCAAGCCCUCAGUCCAUUGCUACAGCAGCGGUCAACAUGCAGGAGCGUCGCUCGCAGAUGCUAGCCAAUCUUCCUCCCUCUGCCCACCCUCUGGAGGGCGGAGAGCCAGCCUGUGUCAGUAAACCCCCAUUACGGAGUGUAUCAUUCAGAGACCCAGCACUAGACAAAUCCAGGAUGGAGGCAUUGUCCAUGUUGGGACUGACCCAAGCUAAAACAAUGCCAGCAAAUAUGGUACCAGUGUCCGGCAUAAAGACACAGAGCAGUGCUAAUUCUGCUAACAACAAAGUUGGAAGCAGUGUUGAAAUCAGUAGCAGCAGUACUCCUACCUAUAGCAACAUCAGUCCUAAUAUCAGUCCUAACACCACUGUCAGUCAGAAGAACAGCAGUCCUUAUAAAAUGAGCAGUAGUGCCACUACUAGCAGCAGUGCUCAUACCUAUAACAAUACUGUUAGUAAUGCUAAUACCAGCCCUAACACCACUAUAAGUCAGAAGAAGAACAGCAGCACCAUGUUCACUCAGUCAAGCACCAGCAGCUAUCAGCCAAAAGCUAGGAAUGAAUUUUCUACCAACAGCUUUAACAGCUAUGGUGGAAAAUCAGCUGUAAUCACACCUGCUUCUACAGACACUUUGUCUAACCAUGCUAACCAUGACAGAAGAUCUAACACAGCACCAGUCAGCGCAGAGGUGACACACAGCGACUUCAACAGCUAUGGCGGCAAGACCAUCAUGCUAAAUCCCACCAUGAGCUUCAGGGCUGAGUCUGUCCCUUCCCCCAGCACUCUGCCAGUCAGGCCAGAGCCAACAGAGGUCCAGAUUAACAGCUAUGGUGGCAAAUCCCGAGUCAUAAACCCUUCCGCGCAAACAGACCUGCCGGACAGGCCUGCCUACAGACCCCGCUCCCACAGUUCCUCACCAUCCAGCACCAUCACAGCCUCAACCCACCGCACUGACCUGCACAGCCCGACCGGAGGCCAAUCCAGUAUCUUCCCACCUGCCAAAGCUGAUGGCCAACACACCCCCUUCUCCAGCACAGUGAGAGAUGAAGCACAGCCAGACCUAAACAGCCAUGAGGCUAAACCCAAGACAGUAAGCCCCUUGCACCCUGACCCAGUUUACCAGCCUAUAAGCAGGAGCAGGCUUGCUACAAUGCCUCCUGCGCCUGCCCCCAGACCACAGAGGCCCACUGGAUCUCUGAGGCCACGGCCUGACCCGAUUCCUCAAGAAAUCCGCAGCAAGCCUGCUUCCAAACCUUCUUUUCGCGCUCAGGGCAUAACGGUGCAGUUCUCUGGGAAAGGAGCCACAGACGAAGCCAGGCGAGAUGCUUUACGCAAACUGGGACUGCUGAAGAACACCUCUUAAACUCUCAUCCCAGCAUCGUUAAGGGAUUAUUGUACUUUUACACUAUGCAGUUGCCUGUUAGAUAGGAGCACUUCUGUUUGUUUCAGCUUAAAGGUAAUAGUAUUAUUUUCUGUUUUGAGUAUGCACUUGGUAAUUGUUCUUUUAAUUACAAUUAAUCUAAUGAAAAAUAUUUAAGAAGAAAUAUUACUUAAUAUUCAGUAAUUUACAAUAAUAUUACAGUAAUCCACUGAGCACCACCAAUGAUACCACACUCAAAUGUAAGAGUUUAAAAAGAGGAAAGUGGCCAUUUUCUUAACGCAAGUCACUUGGAGUAAUUCAUAGAGCUUCAGAUAAUAUAGAUAAGUGGGUCAGUCUGUUGGUGAAGAGGUUAAAACAUACAUCAAGUUUCAAGCUCACAUUUUGUUCUUGAUUUUCUUAAACUGUAAUAAUUUUCGGAAACGACUCCUUUAAAAAGGUACACUGUGCAGGAAUCUCUGUGGAACACAGUGCACCAGAGACAGAAGUACAGGUUGCUACCCAGCAGUUUUUCCGUACUGUUGGCCCAGCGAAAAACCCAGUGUUGAGUUAGCAGUGUUGAAUUAAUGUAAGUCUACACUUGUAAGAGUUCAGUCAGCACUAGGGCUUUAGCUGUGUGUGAUACUGCCUGGUGCCAAAUUAUCGUUGUAAAGGACUGUGUGACAAGUAGAUUGCUGGUGAUACUAAAGAUGUUCUAAAGAAGAGCAAGAAAAAUCACACUCUGCUGCUCACCUCCCUCCAUAAGUGCUUCUCAGGCUCUCUCUGCUCUUCGGAACCCUCAUUGAGUUCCAGUCCUCUACUCUGUAAGUGCUACUCCAGAAUCAGGCCAGUGUUGCACCAGAAAUCCUAAGAAGAAAUAGUUUAAUACCAAGUUUCAGUUGGCUCACAAAAAAAUGCCAUCAAACAAAUGUUUAGAUUUUACUGAUAUUACAGACCUAAAAGCAGAAGAUUAAGGCAAACUAAGAUACUGAGUUAAACUGUCUUCCUGUAACUCUGUUUAAUUUUAUGGAAUGCUAAGCCAGUUAGAAACAGUCCCAAUAUCUACAAUUCAUAAAUGCUUAUGUAUCGACAUCAACAUAUAGUAUUGUGUGGUUGGUUAGUGUAGUGGGUAACACCUCUGCCUUCUACGCUGUAGACUGGGGUUCAAUCCCCACCUGGGUAAACACCCUACACUAUAUCAAUAAGAGUCCUUGGGCAAGACUCCUAACACCACCUUCGCCUUCCUGUGUAAAAUGAUCAAAUUGUAAAAGUCACUCUGGAUAAGAGCGUCAGCCAAAUGCCAUAAAUGUAGUAUUGGAUUUUGGCAUUGGCCCAAAAUUCCCAUAUUGAUGCAUUCCUAAUAGCUACCAAAGAGAUGUUAAAUGUGGGUCAUUCCUAUUUGUUCAAAAUUAAUAGAGAUUAUUAGCAUUUGUUAUCUAACAUUGAAAAGUGUCAAUGGUCCAUAUUUAUCCACUUCUGUAGUUUCUCCCAGUAAUAACACUGAUCUGGGUUCAGCUUUCACCUUUUAUAUAACUGAUCAGGAUUACAUAAACUCAUGAGACCUGAUCUGAGAUUAGCUUUCAUAAUCAUAUUUCAAAAUAUAUUUGGUCCAUAUGGGCCAGUGUGUGUGAGAUCAUACAAACAUUUGUUCUCUUUCUUUCACCCUCACUCUGCCACUGUGACAAAACCUUUUGAAGUGAAUUCUGACGGGAAUGUGGCUUUAAGCACAAAGUUUAUCUUUGUCAUAUGUGCGAUUACGCAAAGGCCAUUAAGUCAGUUUGUUGUACUAAGGAGGAACUGUAAUGAUUAUGUGUGAUAUGGAGGCUAUCAGUCUUUCUUAAAUGUUAAUUGUGAUGUUGUUCAGAUGACACAAUCAUUUUCAGCGAGUUGUCCUCAUUCUUACCCUUAUCUAGUGUGUCAUCUGCUUAAACUUCAGCAAUUUGACAGCAUGUCUCAGCAAACAGUGUAUUUAUUCUCAUGUUGUUGAUGAAUCGUGAAAUAUUCUUGCUCCUGUGUGGAAAAGGACGUCAGAAGUGAGAGCUGGGCUGCUGCUCUUGCUCCGCUCCGUGGCCUCUGCCUGAAGGAUAUUUUUACGUUUGGUGGCAGUGCCUCCCCCACUAAACCACAGUGAUCCAAAUCUGGCUUUCAGAGCUUCUGGAGAGAAUAUGUGUAACUUUCUUUCAUUUCUGUUGCUUGGACUGUCCCUCACUCGUGCUCUUUUCUGGACUCUUUCUUCAUCAGUGCUGCAUAGAGUGGUAUAAAAUCCAUAGGGGUGUGUGUAUGUGUGUGUGUUUGUGUGUUUGUGUGUGUGUGUGUGUGUGUGUGUGUAUGAGAGAGAGAUGUGUGGAAUGAAAUACUUGGUUGAUUUAUGUGUUUACUUUGUGUUUUUUUUUUUUUUUUAAGCAAGACUCCGGUUUUUGUAGCAGUUCUGCAAUUCUAAUUGAAGGAUUUGAAGCACACGUGUGCUUUACACACACAGACACACCGAACACAUUCGCCACUCUACUUUAUUUUUCUCUUCAGGCUUCAUAAACAGUGCAGCUGCAGUUAGGGACACAGCCAUAGAUGUAUUGUUUUCAUGACAAAUCUCUUGUUUCUGCUGUUUUGGCUAAAUUAUUAUGCAGAUUUCUGUAUCAUCUUCUGCCUCUUCUCUUCCUGAAUAAAGAGUGUAUCAUUGCCCUCAC